CACAUUGGAGAAGCUUGGUAAUGCGAUAGCCAAUCAUAAAGCGGUAUCUAUAUACGUCAGCCAUUGAGAAAGGAGGGGGUAGCGCUGAGUGGAGACUGAGGAGAGCGACUAUUGGUUAGCAGCGUCGUCUCCUUUACCCCCCCUUUUUCUGUAUUCCCUGUAGCUGAUUGGUUUCCACGGGCUGGUGAGUGACGCGGGCGGGGCGCGGCGAGAGCAGAACGUCAUGUAGGAACUAAUGAGAGACCGCCCCCUCUCUUGCCCGUAUUCUCAGAGCAGAGUUACGCAGUUUUGGUUGCGUGCGGCUCCUUGGCCGCGCUGUGAGCUACGUCAUUGAGCAGAGAGGGAGGAGAGGAUUGCGGGGAAAAAGACCGACUGGCAAAUGCGGUCAGUCGGACGGAGAGUGACAAAGGGAAAGAGACCGAGCAGGAAGCGGUUACCGGACACGGGGGAAAUCUCCUCAUCCUACAGCCCCGCGCGAGGGAUUCUGGGACAGCGUCGAGCUGAGGCGCAACGGGAACCGAAUUCCGCUGAUUUGUUACUGAGCCCCGGCCCUGACUCCAACCGCCCGGCUCUCUCUCUGCUGCUGAGUGUGAGGAGGAACCAUGGCCUGUGCCCGGAAUUAAACCCCAAUUGCCCCUGAUAAUACCCCCUGUGGGGCAACUCCCCUUGCUCUGACCCUCUCCUGCCCCCACUGACCCCUUCUUGCCCCUGAGGCACCACCUGCCCCUCCAUAAUUACCCUCUGGGCACAAUCUGCCCACUGACUCACCUACCUGGGCAAUUUAUUAGCCCUGAGACUUCCACCUGCCCCUGCUAAUACCCCACUAAUACCCCCUCACUAAUACCCCCACUAAUACCCCACUGGAGCAGUGAGCUUCCCACCCACCUCAUUAUCCCCCUGGGGCAACAUUUCAGCUUUGCCUGUGGAACCUUUCCCUGAACCCCCAUUAAGAGCAACAUUUUGCAGCCCAUUGGGGUAAAACCAAAUCUUUACUGGGGGAACUGUCCUUCUCCCCCUCCUGAGACCACAUAUAAGCUGAGCUACUGGAUCCUUCCUCUACAAGCUGCCCGUUACCCUCCCUGUAGUGCAGUAUCAUUGCUUGUAACUGCCCCUCAUACUUCAAGUAUUGCCCCUUCAGGCACAAGCUUUGGGCAACAUCUUCACUGUUCUCUGGAAGCUGCUCUUACACUGGUCCCUCACCCAUCUGUGGGCCAAUCCUGGAACCUGCACCCAAUAUUCCCAUCACAAAGAAACAGUAGCCCUGUGCCACCCUGAGCAUCAUCUGUGGCCCCUGCAGUGACAAUCCUGUGGCCCCUGCAGUGACAAUCCUGUGGCCCCUGCAGUGACAAUCCUGUGGCCCCUGCAGUGACAAUCCUGUGGCCCCUGCAGUGACAAUCCUGUGGCCCUUGCAUCUGUCACUAAGACUCUUGGCUUCAGCUUCUCUGCUACAUGGCCUUCUGACCCCUUUGCUGCCAUAUUGUGUCUCCCCCCGACUAGAAGGAGCCCGAGGGAUGGUCUAUAAAUAGUGACCGGCGGAGGGGACAGGUGACAAUACAAAGGUGGUGGGAGAGGGACCCUUUGUGUAAGGGCUGAGAAACUUAUUGUGCGUUGGGGUCUUGAUGCUCUUGCCCUCCAUCUGGCUUUGAUCUAGAAGAGAAGGAGGUGAGGGAGGAGCCGGAGAAUCAUGUCGGGAAGGCCGAGAACCACUUCCUUUGCAGAAAGCUGCAAACCCGUGCAACAGCCGUCAUCUUUUGGCAGCAUGAAAGUCAGCCGAGAUAAAGAUGGCAGCAAGGUAACCACAGUAGUAGCGACCCCAGGCCAGGGGCCCGACAGACAGCAAGAAGUCACCUAUACGGACACCAAGGUCAUUGGCAACGGAUCGUUUGGUGUGGUGUACCAGGCCAAACUGUGCGACACGGGAGAGCUGGUGGCUAUCAAGAAGGUGCUGCAAGACAAGAGGUUUAAGAAUCGAGAACUGCAGAUCAUGAGAAAGCUGGAUCACUGCAACAUUGUGCGUCUGCGCUACUUCUUCUACUCCAGUGGGGAGAAGAAGGAUGAAGUUUACCUGAACUUGGUGCUGGACUACGUACCCGAAACUGUCUACAGAGUGGCCAGACAUUACAGCCGGGCUAAGCAGGCGCUCCCCAUAAUCUACGUCAAGUUGUACAUGUAUCAGCUGUUCCGCAGUUUAGCCUACAUCCAUUCCUUUGGGAUCUGCCACCGAGAUAUCAAACCACAGAAUCUACUGCUGGACCCAGAAACUGCUGUACUCAAGCUGUGCGACUUUGGCAGUGCCAAGCAGCUGGUCCGUGGAGAGCCCAACGUGUCGUACAUCUGCUCCCGGUACUACAGGGCCCCGGAGUUGAUCUUUGGAGCCACAGAUUACACCUCCAGUAUUGACGUGUGGUCAGCAGGCUGUGUAUUGGCUGAACUGCUGCUGGGUCAGCCCAUCUUCCCGGGGGACAGCGGGGUGGAUCAGCUGGUUGAGAUAAUCAAGGUCCUGGGUACCCCGACUCGAGAACAGAUCCGAGAAAUGAACCCCAACUACACCGAGUUCAAGUUCCCACAGAUCAAGGCGCAUCCUUGGACUAAGGGUUAUGUCUUUUUGCAGGUGUUCCGAGCACGCACCCCUCCCGAGGCCAUCGCUCUGUGCAGCCGACUGCUGGAAUACACCCCGACCUCCCGCCUCACCCCCCUGGAUGCCUGUGCCCACUCCUUCUUCGACGAACUGCGGGACCCCAAUCUGAAACUUCCCAACGGACGCGAAUUCCCCGCUCUCUUCAACUUCACCACUCAAGAGCUGUCAAGCAAUCCUUCUCUCUCCUCAAUUCUCAUCCCGGCCCACGCUCGCAACCAGGCCGCUGUGUCCACAACAUCAAAUACAACAUCGACAUCAGAUUCAAACACUGGGGAGCGCGGGUCGACCAACAACGCAGCCUCUGCAUCUGCCUCCAACUCCUCCUGAGCCAACAAGCAUGCGCCGCCCACGGGAAAACGGGCAAAAAGUAGCAAGGGGGGUUGGGCAACAGAGAGAGGGGGUGCCACUCACCCUGUCCCUGGACUCCCAUCUCAAAACACUGGCCACAUGUAUCGAGGAUAAAGCUGAAUAUAUAUAUAUAUAUAUACAUAAAGAAACUGUAAAGGAAGCGCCACCUUCUGUUCAUUUUUAGUGGUUCAGUUUUUGGGUUUUUUUUAUUAUUAUUAUUAUUAUUUAACCUUGUAAAAUAUCUAUAAAUACAGAUUUUUUUUUUCUUUUAA